AUGACUCUCACUUUGGGGUCCACCUGCAGCGCCAGGGAGCGCACAGGGAACGCGACUCCUCCCCGCAUUCCUGUGGGAGAGCGGGCCUCCGGGCCCGGGUCCCCGGUCCAGGUCCAGAUCCAGAUCCAGAUCCCAGGCUCCGCCCCCCCCCCCAAGACUCCAGGGGAGCAAGGCAACAUGCCGGGCGUGCAGAGCACCUUCCUGGCCAUGGACACGGAGGAGGGCGUGGAGGUGGUGUGGAACGAGCUGCGCUUCAGCGACAGGAAGGCCUUCUCUGCCCACGAGGAGAAGAUCCAGACCAUGUUUGAGCAGCUGGUGCUGGUGGACCACCCCAACAUCGUGAAGCUGCACAAGUACUGGCUGGACCCCGCCCCGCCUGACCAGCCCUGCCCUCAGAUGGCUGUGCUGGAGAUCCAGGCCAACGGGGACACCCGGGUCACCGAGGAGGCCAUCGCCCGGGCCAGGCACUCGCUGAGCGACCCCAACAUGCGGGAGUUCAUCCUCUCCUGCCUGGCGCGGGACCCCGCCCACAGGCCCUCUGCCCACAACCUCCUCUUCCACCGCGUGCUCUUCGAGGUGCACUCGCUGAAGCUCCUGGCAGCUCACUGCUUCAUCCAGCCUCAGUCCUCGCUUUUCCAUCUGGCUGGCCCCGCUCCGUCCUGCCCCCAGGCCAGGCAGGCUGGCCAGCCGCCCUCAUGUGCUUCUCACGCCCGUGCCAGGUACUCGGAGGUCUCCUGCAUGGAGCUGGACAAAUUCCUAGAGGACGUCAGAAACGGGAUCUACCCUCUGAUGAACUUUGCUGCUGCUCGGCCCCUGGGGCUGCCCCGCGUGCUAGCCCCGCCCCCAGAGGAGGCCCAGAAGGCCAAGACCCCCACGCCCGAGCCCUUUGACUCAGAGACCAGAAAGGUGAUCCAGAUGCAGUGUAACCUGGAGAGGAGCGAGGACAAGGCGCGCUGGCAUGUGAGCNNNCUGCUCGUGCUGGAGGACCGGCUGCAUCGGCAGCUCACUUACGACCUGCUCCCAACGGACAGCGCCCAGGACCUGGCAGCAGAGCUGGUGCACUAUGGCUUCCUGCACGAGGACGACCGGACCAAGCUGGCCGCCUUCCUGGAAAGCACCUUCCUCAAAUACCGCGGAGCCCAGUGA